UGCGGAACGGCGAUCGGGCGGACCUCCACCGGUAUUAAAAUAUUGUAUCAUUCCACUGCUGCCGAUCGCGACGACCCUCGCACGACCACGUCUAAGUCUCCCGAUAUCAACUGCACUAAGUCAGAUCAAAACUAACUGAAAUAAAAAUGAAAUCCAUCGCAGCCGUUGUGUGUACUCUUCUUCUAGUCUCUACAUUAAUAUCAGCUGCUCCAUCUUACAUGGACUACGAGAAUGCCAAAGAUCUGUACGAACUUCUGUUGCAAAGGGAUUUAAUAGACUCCAUGGGAAACUCUUUGAUCGAUCCCAAUCAACAUCGCAUGGUCCGCAAAAACCAGAGAUCUCCGUCGCUGAGGUUAAGGUUCGGACGCCGAAGCGAUCCGGCGCUCUAUCAGAACGCCUUGAAUGCAGAAUACCACAACGACUCCGAUGUGAAUUAAAUGCGCCCUUCAUCAGAAGUUAUAUUAUACUCAUCUUAUUUAAAAUCAUUCGCUUCGUUGUAAAACCCUUAAUUUGUUUAUAUUUUACAUUCUCACUAGUGCUUUUUCAAUUAAAUUGUACCUUCAGCAUACAUUUUAGCAAUUAUAGAUUUUUUUUAACGUAGUUGAUUGUAUUCCAUUUUAGUUCUAAGGCAAAUUUUACGUUCCCAAUAAAAAUGUAUUUGUUUACUCCGCAGAUUAACAUUACUCUUAAAAUAUAUAUGUCAAAAUAACAGUCAUCAUUUAUUUUGUUAAUACUUCAAUAAUAACAUUAUUAGGUAUGAUUCUUAUUAUAAUUCUUAUUACAAUUAAUAACCUACUCUACUUAUACCUGUACUCUAAACCGAUAUUUAAAAAAAAAAGUAGGUUGAGCCUUAUGUGAAUUUCCGAGUAAUAUUUUUUUUUCAGAUGCUACUACCUAUUCUACUGCAGAGAUGCUACUACCCAUUUUACCGCAGAAUUUAAAAAAAUAAAAUAAAACUUUAUAUAGGUAUUAAUUAAUAAUGAUGAUAAUAAGUACCCUAUAGGUACCUACCAACUAAUAAUAAAUAACGUGGUUAUGGAAAUUCACGUACGGUUUUUGGAGUGAAUAAUGUUUAUAAAACGAGUAUAACAUAAUAUUUAAACUUAUAACUAUUAAAGAAAUAUUACAUUUUAUUGAAA